UACACACACAUAUAUAUGUAUAUAGUGAUUUUAUGAUUUUUCUAUAUGUUUGUAUGCAUAUCCCUGAAAGCCAAAAAAAACCUUAUAUGAGUAUUCAUGUAGUUAGUUUUCAUGGUUAUCAUUUGAUUGUUAUGUUAUUAAGAGUAAUCUCAGUUGAAGAAACUGUUAAUAAUCAUGAUUAAGGAGAAUAUUUGAUAGAUGGGUAUUAAUAAUAAUUUUUUUAUAAAAUGAUAAGUGAUGAAGACGAAAAUGAUUUAUGACCUUAUGCGAAUCCACAAAAGUUUUUAUCAAGUAUUUAAUAGUUUUAAAAGAAAUAAAGUUUGGAAACCAUCAAUGGUAACUAAGUUUGAUAUAUUAUUAUUACUUGUUGUAGCCUUUUUAGAGUGACAUGCUAUAUAAAUAAUAAUUCUUUAAUGAUAAAGAUGUUAUUUGUGAACAUCGCAAGGAUAAAUAAGAAAUUUCAAUUUUGUUCCACUCAGGCGCUUGUAAUUAUUUCCAAACCCGCCGUUCUUUUGGCAUGCUCGGUAAUUUUCCAAACCGACUCUGGAGUUCGACGGUUUUGCCGUUGUUUGAAACGGCCGCACCCGCGCGCCGUUCUUUCGUUCGAUUAUUAAUGUUUAGGCUCCGGAAGAAGAGGAGGGAUCGCCAUCGAAUAGGAGACCCUGAGCUCCCCGACGGCGCGGAGCACCGAGUCCGCGCGUCUUUCGCCUUUGUGCAGUGACCUCGGCAUGCCGAUCUUCCCCGACCGCGGCACCGCCUCUCGCUUCGCCAACGCGAGUCAGGCCGCCACCGCCUCCGCCCUCUGGCGAGACACCGGCAUCUCGGCUGACCUCCCUGCGCCUCCGGUCUUCACCCUUGAUGACCGCAUCAGAUUCUUCGGCCUCGGCGAUCUGCCGUCCCCGCCGUCGGAUCGGACAGGAUCUCUCUCCCCUUCCGCGGCCUCCUCUUCCUCUUCCUUCGUCCGGAGAACCAGGGCCGAGAUGAGUGGUUCUCGCGCGGCCGAGGUUGAUGGAGAGGAGAGAGAGACGGGCCGCGGCUCGCCAAUAGAUGGAUUAAUCGAGCCAGGGGCGUUGAUCACUCCUCCGCCUCCGCGGCCGAGAGAGAUUGUGAAGCCGGGCUCGCAAGGAUGUAGCAUGCGGAACGGAGGGCUUGGUGCGGAUGGGUGGGUUACUGUUUAUGGAUUUCCCCCUAGUGAUACCAAUAUGGUGUUACGAGAGUUUGAAAAAUGUGGUGUCAUAUCAAAGCAUGUACAUGGACCAAGCAAUGCUAAUUGGAUACACAUUUUGUAUCAGAAUCCCUCUGAAGCUCAAAUGGCUCUUAAGAAAAAUGGUAUGCAGCUAAACAGUCUGUUGAUAAUUGCGGUGAAGCGUAUAGAUCCAAUGCAUCGUCAUCAUCUGGAUGAAACAUCUGACAGACUCAAUCGCGGAAGCUUCAUGGUUUCAUUACCCUCCAAGUCAACUACUUUAAAUAGCUCAUCGACUGCUACUCCAUCAACAGUCCUCACUCGCGCCCAUCAUCAACAGUCUAUUGCGACUCCAGCAACAUCAGCUUUGUCUAAAGUCAUGGACUUGAUAUUUGGCAUUUGAAUCGGAGUUGCACCAAUAUUUUUAUACAUGGAUUACAAGUCUCUCUUUAGGUUCUUUUUGCUCUGUUGUUAACAUUCUUUCAGUAUUUUCAGCGUAUGUUGUAGAAGGAUCGGUUCACAAGCUGAGGUACUUCUCUCUCUGUAUAUAUGUAAAUAUAUAAACCGAUGCCUAAAGUAUAUCUCGUGAGGGCAAGGCGGUGGCCUUUGUCCUUUUUUUGCCCCCUUCA